AUGGAGUCCCUGUUCAAACCCAUGCUGAUCUACUCCAGAGGUUUGAUACAGCUGAGUAGGAUGCAACAUUUGGCUAGUAGGAUGACUAGAGGAAUAGUUUCUGUGUUCUCUCUAGGCAUCUUGGAGGAAGAUAAGGACACAGCUCAUCAAUUACUGAAAGAACUCCAUGAAUUCUACUCAGAAUUUCUAUUUUUAAUAAAGAAUUCUUGCUUUUCUUUUCAGACAUUUACUAUAAACACCUUUCUAUAUAAGAUGAAUAUAAACAACAAAUUAUUCAGUAAUAUUAACAUGAGAAUAACCUUUUAUUCUCAAGUUGUCAUUGGGGUCUCAAGCAAUGCCUUCCUUCUUCUCUUCAAUAUCUUCAUGUUCAUUCUAGGGCACAGGCCCAGAUUCACUCACCUGCCCAUUAGCCUCUUGGCCCUAAGCCACAUAGUGAUUCUGCUAAUUGAAGGAUUCAUAACUGCAGACAUUUUUACAACUCAAGCAAGGUUUUGGGAUGACAUCACAUGUAAAUCAGUUAUCUACUUGUACAGGUUAAUGAGGGGACUCUCCAUUUGUGUCACUGGCCAGCUGAGUGUCCUUCAGGCUAUCACACUCAGUCCCAGGAGCUCUUAUUUGGCAAAGUUCAAACAUAAAACCUCAUGUGACAACUUGUGUUUCCUUUUUUUCCUCUGGGUGUUUUACACAUCCAUUAGCAGUCAUCUUGUAAUCUCCAUUGCUGCUACCCCAAAUUUGACUUCACAAAACAUUUUGUAUAUUACUGAAUCCUGCUCUCUUUUAUCCAUGAAUUAUUUCCUGCAGCACAUACUGUUAGCACUACUGACCUUCAGAGAUACAAUCUUUAUUGGGAUAGUGUCCCUUUCAGGUGGAUAUAUAGUGAUACUCUUGCGCAGGCAUAAGAAGCAAUCCCAGCAUCUUCACAGCACCAAAAUUUCUCUGAAAGCAUCCCCAGAACAAAGGGCCAUUAGGACCAUUCUGCUGCUUAUGUGUUUCUUUGUGAUCAUGACUGUUUUGGACAUUAUCUCCCACUCAAGAAUUGUGCUGAAUAAUAAUCCAAUAUUUUAUUGUAUCCAAAUUCUUAUGGCCCAUGGUUAUGCCACAGUCAGUCCUUUUGUGUUCAUCACUACAGAAAAACGUAUCAUUAAUUUUUUGAGAAUCAUGUGUGGAAGACAAUAA